AUGGAGCGCACGGAGAAGGUGCUCCAGCUGCGGGGCCUGCAGGGCCGCUCCGUACGGGUGGUGCGCGAGCACUACCUGCGGCCCGACGUGCCCUGCGGCAGCGCCCUGUGCCGAUUGGCCUGUCCCCGCGAUGGGAAACUACUAUCUGAUGAUGUGACUCAUUAUGUUGUACCUGACUGGAAGGUGCUCCAAGAUUACCUGGAAAUACUCGAAUUCCCUGAGUUGAAGGGUAUUGUGUUCAUGCAAACAGCGUGUCAAGCUAUGCAGCAUCAAAGAGGCCGCAGGCAGUACAACAAGCUGCGAAACCUGCUGAGGGAUGCCCGUCACGAUUGCAUUAUGUUUUUUAACGAAUUCCAAAUGCUUUCUUAUUUGCCAAGAGAAAGAGGAGAGUCUUUUGAGAAGUGGCAGACAAGGAGUAUCUACAAUGCAUCAGUGUGGUAUUACAAUCACUUCUCGGGUCAGAUGCCCAUUGUGAUGGUGACAGACGAUGAAGAUUCUAUCCAGCAACUGGGAAGUGAAACAGAAGGUGUCUUUGUAAUUUCAUUCAAGAAUUACCUAGACAACUUUUGGCCUGACUUAAAAGCUGCUCAUGAGCUCUUCGAUUCCAUACUUCAUUCACGGCGUGAACGGGAGAGUGAAAGCCAGGAGCACAGUGGGAAAGAGUAUCCUGAACAUGUCCCCAUGGAAUCAUUGGAAGCUGGGAUCAAGUCAGGAAGAUACAUACAGGGAGUCCUGAAUGUCAACAAGCAUCGAGCGCAAGUGGAGGCUUUUGUGCGACUUCAAGGAGCCGGCCACAAAGAGAAAGAUCUCCGAACUGACAUCCUGAUUUAUGGCACCAAAGCUCGGAACAGGGCCAUCCAUGGAGAUGUCGUGGCAGUAGAGCUGCUGCCACAGGGAGAAUGGAAGGGACGGACAUCUGCCCUCUGUGAGAACGAGACAGAAGAAAAGGCCUCAGGAGAGGUUUCCAGUGAGCCUAUGCCUACAGGUAGAGUUGUUGGCAUCAUCCAGAAGAACUGGAGGGAUUACGUGGUCACUUUUCCAUCCAAAGAAGAGAUCCAGUCUCAUGGCAAACCUUCACAGAAAAUCCUGGUGACACCUUGGGAUUACAGGAUUCCAAAGAUCCGGAUCAGUACCCAGCAGGCUGAAGCCCUCCAGGACUUUCGGGUUGUCGUGCGAAUCGAUUCUUGGGAGACAACAUCUGUGUACCCAAAUGGUCACUUUGUGCGGGUCUUAGGACGGAUAGGAGACCUUGAAGGAGAAAUUCAAACGAUCCUGGUGGAAAACAGCAUUUCUGUUAGCCCGUUCUCUGAAGCACAGAUGUGCGAGAUGCCGGUCGUGCUCCCGGAAAAGCCCUGGAAAGUGAGUUCAGAAGAGGAGCUGAAACGCGUUGAUCUCCGAGAGACGCAUUUAGUGUUCAGCAUUGAUCCGAAAGGCUGCGAGGAUGUGGACGACGCGCUGUCAGUCAGGACUCUACCCAAUGGAAACCUGGAGCUGGGGGUCCACAUUGCAGACGUCACUCAUUUUGUGCCUGCAAAUUCGUACACCGAUCUCGAGGCACGAGCACGGGCCACCACUUACUACUUAGCUGACCGUCGCUACGACAUGUUGCCUACUGUCCUCAGUGCCAAUUUAUGCUCCCUUCUUGGCCUCGUCGACAGGUAUGCUGUGAGCAUCAUGUGGGAGCUCGAUAAAACCUCUUAUGAAAUAAAAAAGGUCUGGUACAACAGAAGCAUUCUCCGCUCUUCUUACAAACUCUUCUACGAGGCAGCACAGGCGCUGCUAGAUGGAGACCUGACAGCCGCAGCCGAAAUCCCGGAGCUCCAAGAACUGGAUGAAAAUACAAGGAAGCAAAAACUGGAUGAGCUGAUCUGGGCAAUAGGAACAUUGACCGACAUCGCCCGCCAUGUCCGAGCUCAGCGAGACAGCCGCGGCGCUCUGGAGCUGGAAGGAGUCGAGGUCCGUGUACAGCUGGAUGACAAGAAGAACAUAGAUGACCUCAUUCCUCGGCAGCUGCUGGAGGUGCACGAGACAAUAGCCGAGUGUAUGAUUCUCGCCAACCACUGGGUGGCAAAGAAGAUCUGGGAGAGCUUCCCAUACCAAGCUCUCUUGCGGCAGCAUCCACCACCACGGCAGGAGUUUUUUGGAGAGCUUCGAGAAUGCGCUAGCGCAAAAGGUUUCACGAUAGAUACACAAUCUAACAAGGCAUUGGCAGACUCCCUGGACAGAGCCGUUGACCCAUCUGAUCUUCUUGUGAAUAAGCUGCUGCGCUCCAUGGCCACCCAGGCGAUGUCAAACGCCCUCUACUUCUCGACAGGGUCUUACCCCGAAGAAGAGUUCGCCCACUAUGGUCUAGCCCUGGAUAAAUAUACCCACUUCACUUCGCCCAUUCGAAGGUACGCUGACAUCGUGGUCCACAGGUUGCUGUUUGCAGCCACUUCCAAAGAGGACAAAGCAGGCGCCAAGGAGAACUUAUUUGGCAACAAAGAACUGGAAGAACUGUGUAAUCACAUCAACAACAGAAACAGGGCUGCCCAGCAUGCCCAGAAACAGUCGACGGAGCUUUUCCAGUGCAUGUACUUCAAAGACAAGGACCCAGAAAGAGAUGAGCACUGCACUUCCAACGGGGUUAUCUACUCAAUAAGGACCAAUGGGGUGCUCGUCUUUGUGCCCAGGUAUGGAAUUAAAGGAGCCGCCUAUCUGAAAAACAAGGAAGGUCUGGUCCUCUCUUGCCAAAGCGACAAGAGCUGCAGUUGGAAACCGGGGGGUCUCCAGCGUUUUCCUGACAGAAUUAUCUCCAUUCCCACAGUUGGAGAGCCUGUUACCCUGAAACUCUUUGACCAUGUGACAGUACAAAUAUCCAUACAGAGUUCUCGGUGCCACGCUGUUACCAUCCGGCUUCAAAUAACAAGCUGCAAGCCUUACAAGAUGUCAGAACUGGAGAUGGCUCAGAAUCACCAUGUCUCUAAAACGGAUUUGGUGAGGGAAGUCACAAAGACCGCAGAGGAAGCUCAGCUUGCACAGGACAAGGCCAAAGCAAAGCCAGUGGAGGAAGAAUAUGAACAGUACCGCCAAACAAAGGGCAUCAGCCUGUAUUGCUUACUGGAGGAAAUCAAGGAUUCGGCUUUAUUGGAUGUAUCUGCAGACAGCGGAGCGUGAAAUCGCCACCCACUGUUG